AUGAGGACUAGCGUCUGGGUGCUCCAGCUCUGCUUUCUACACCUAAGCUCUUCCGAUAUCUUGGACUGGACGUAUCACGGGGAACACAGUGAAGACGAAUGGGGAACGUACUUCGAACACUGCCUGGGGAAACUGCAAUCCCCCAUCAAUAUUCAGAGGUCGAAAGCCAGAUUUAAUCCCGAUCUGGAACCGCUGCAGCUCCAGGAUUAUGGCUACCGCCGUGACGCAUUCAAGAUGACCAACAACGGCCAUUCAGUUGUCAUAGACCUUCCUUCGUCCAUGAGGAUUAUAAAAGGCCUGCCCGGGAAAUUCACAGCCAUCCAGCUGCACCUUCACUGGGGGGGCACGGAGAAAGAGAGCAGCGGAUCCGAACACACCAUCGAUGGAUUGCGGUACAUGGCUGAGCUCCACAUUGUCCAUUACAACUCAGAAGCUUACUCCAGUUUUGACAAAGCGAAGAAUAAACCUGACGGGCUGGCUGUUCUGGCUUUUCUUUUUGUGAUUGAUCUGUUGGAAAACACCUUGGUGGACUGGAAGAACGAAAGUUUGAGAAACGAUUACCGCCAGAUCCAGCCCCUCAACAAACGGGUGGUCAAAGCAUCUUUCUCACCUCGGCUGUUUGAAGGUACACAGCAGGACAUCUCCAGUAAGCUCAAUAAGAUACAGACUAGUCUUCGCGAGAUGAAGAAGUAUCUUCUGGACGUCAUAGGCAGACCUGUGCCCAUUGUGAUGGAGAAGUGGAGAUGGUUGGAGAAGUCCACCAAUAUGGCUGAACUGAACCUCCCAAUGUCGCCCAUCAUCAGUCAUGGGGACUCGGGAGGUCAUCACCAGCUCAGCUUGCAAGCCUUCCACUUCCCCUUGGAGAACACCGCCAGCUACGUGACCAUCGUCCCUCUGAAGCCCAUACAACUGAAGACCUUCACUCUCUGCUUCUGGGUCCAGAAUAGCAACCAGGGCAGGCAGACCGUUCUCUUCUACUCCACUCCCGAGAGCGAAAACGAGUUGGUCGUCAGCGUGGGCAUGGCGGUGGGAGUCUGGAUCGGGGGCAAGUUUGUGCAAUUUGACCUCCACCGCCGGGCAGAAGACUGGGUCCACCACUGCGUCACCUGGGUCUCCAGCUCGGGCACCAUCAACCUGUGGGUCAACGGAGCCGUGGGCACCGCCCGGAACAUUCAGAGAAACUACGUCAUCCAGAGCGGGGGGACGCCCAUCCUUGGGAAGAGGAAGAACGCCAUGUUGGACGUCUUCGCCGAUGCUUUCUCUGGGUGGAUGAGCCACGUCAAUCUCUGGAGCUGGCUGCUGGACCACAAUGACAUCCAGGAACUCACCCUUUGCAAACACAGCCAGCAAAAAGGCGAUGUCUUGGCCUGGGGCGAAACACACAUGUCCCUGUUUGGUGGGGUGACCUUAGGCCCCGACACCAGUUGUAGGUGAAU